AUGAAACACCCACAAGUACUUCCACCAAUGAAACUACUACCACGAACGAAACAAGGUCCAUAUCUUCGCGCGAAAAACAAAGAAAUGUGGAAGAAAAAAGCAGUAGCAGCAGAACGCACCAAAGAACGAGAAAAAGCGCGAGUACCCCGCCUUGGUGCACGAUUCCCCAAAAAAAAGGCACCGUAUAAUCCACGAGUAAAUACAAAUAUUGGGGUUCCACAUUCCGCGAUUCUGAGAGCACCACGCCGAGGGUACUCGCCAAAACAAAAGAUCCCGGAAAACGCAUUGAAUUAUUAUCAGCGUAAAUUGGAACGAAUAUUAGAAAUGCAAAAAAUAGAAAAUCUUAAUUCUUUAACAACUACUGAUACGACGACAACAAGAAGGAAAUUGAGUUCUGCUGCUGCACAAACACAAAAAUCAUCAAAAAAUUCACCUAUACUUUUGGAUAACCCACUUCAAGAUUUCCCGCCAAUGAGUAUCGACGAUCAAAUCUUAGAUUACCCACCAAUGAAUAUUAACGGGCAAAUGCUUUAUGCUCCUCCACCAGCUAUAUAUGGUAUUUCAAGUUCUCGUAUAAAACAUCAGCAGAUACUCCCCUCGGAUCCACCGCCGCGUCCUGACUUUGACCGGCCAAAGAUCAAAUACCCGUAUUUUGUUCAACGGACAAAAUAUAACAUGAUACCCGUGUAUACCGACAUAAAAAAUGGGCGUACACGAAUUUUGACGAUCGUGCGGCGAAUUGAGGGAAACGUUAAGAAAUUAGCUCAAGAUAUAAAGGAGGAAUUUUUUCCUAACGAUACGAAAGACAAAUUGGUGACGAUUCGUCAGACUUGCAACCAGAUUGUAAUUAAAGGAAAGAGAGAUCGAGAGUUGAAAUUUUGGUUACAUAAAAGAGGAUUUUGA